UAGAAGGGAGGUGGAGGGGGUUUGGCUCUCCGCUUGGGAUCAUCAGGCACAGAAGAGGAGAGACAGAGGGAGGAAGAGGCAGCAGUCGAGACGAACACUGACCAGCGAAGGCGGACGCACACACACACACCCACACACUGAGGAGGAGAAAUGCCAAAUUUCGCAGGCACCUGGAAGAUGAAAAGCAGUGAGAAUUUUGACGAGUUGCUAAAGGCACUGGGUGUGAACGCCAUGCUGAGGAAGGUCGCCGUGGCGGCCGCUUCCAAGCCUCAUGUGGAGAUCAGGCAGAAUGGCGAGCAAUUCUACAUCAAGACUUAUACCACCGUCCGCACCACAGAGAUCAACUUCCUUGUUGGCGAGGAGUUCAAUGAGGAAACAGUGGAUGGAAGAAAGUGUAAGAGUCUGGCCACUUGGGAGACAGAAAACAAAAUGUACUGCAAACAGACUCUACUGAGCGGCAAUGGGCCAAAAACCUUCUGGACCAGAGAGCUCAGAGGGGAUGAACUCAUACUGACUUUUGGAGCCGACGAUGUGGUGUGCACAAGGAUCUACGUGCGAGCAUAGCAGAAAACUGACAGUUUCUGCAAACAAAAGUAUUCACCACCUGUCAACAAUCUCGACAUACUGUUUUAUAUAUUCAUAAACCACAUGAUGAUCUGAAUGUAUCGCCAUUAUCUCAUCAUCCAUUUACAGCACUGUCCAUUAAGCCUCAUGGUAUAUUUGUGUUAGUGUCGUGUCUAGUAAAUGAGUGAAUACUAAAGUAAUAAUAGGGCUUCACUGCAGUUAGGCUUUGCAAUAUUUUGUGUGGACAGGCUGUUCUUCAAGUGAAAGUGUAGGAUGGGAUGAAUGCAUGAGACAAAAGGAUGAAAAGGAAACUUAUUUCUGUCUAUAAAGGAUCGUUUAAUAGCAAACACCUUACUAACACACACAUUAAGAGAAGAAAAAAGACAGUAAAAGAAGAUACAAACAAUGCAUUUGUGUACAAUCAGCUCUUCUGGACCAUGUGGCACUACAUCCACAAUAAACACAGUGAAUACAAAAAUAAAACCCAAACUGCAGGA